GUCAAAACUCAAAAGACACCGUUCGGUUCCGUUACUAGCGUCGUCUCCCUUUCCAUCCUCACGGAUUAUUCCUCACAUAUUCCUCUUCCCCCCCUCUCCCUCUCUCUCCCUCUCUAAAACAACAGUGAAUCAGUAUAUCUCCUGCAAAUUCAUGUCGGAAGAGAAGGGUAGGCCUUUGCCAAAGUUUGGGGACUGGGAUGUAAAUGAUCCUGCUUCAGCUGAGGGCUUUACUGUCAUUUUCAAUAAAGCCAGGGAUGAAAAGAAAACUGGUGGCAAGCCAGAAUCACCAGCUAAUGGAGAUCCUGGUUAUAAGCAUUCCUCUGCCCCUGUAAAGAAACCUCCAGCUAAGAAAUGGUUUUGCUGCAUGCAAGCACCUAAUGCAGAAUCCUAACAUUGUGGUUAUUCAGCCAACAAGGCAUUCGGGUGCUGGGCCCUACCUACCUACCCCACCAAAACUUUUAGUUUCUUCUGUGUGUUAAUGUGUUAUAUAUAUAUAGAGUCAAGUCAGUCUUCUUGAUGGGGGGAGGGAAAAUUGAAAAAAUGAAGACUUUUUAAGUGUCUAUAUUACAGAUUUUGAAGUUUCUUGCUUCUUUUCUGUGUGCUACUGGUUUAUUUUAUCUCAAUCAAAACUCAAAAGCAAGGCUCAUGUGUAGUAACUAGUUGUUUUGCCAUGUUAUUGCUUUAAUUUGGUUUGGUUUGCUUC